CAACAGAACCCAGAAGACGCCAGCCAUUCUGUGCGAUUCACUCGUAAUGAUUGAUGCUGCCGUUUAUAGCCUCCACCACAUCCCCGCUGAAUCGCAGGCUACAUCGCGCGGCUGCCACGGUUGUUUUCGCGGAUAUCUCCGGAAAGAUUGCGCUCCUCUGAGUUCGGCUCAGACGCACACGAGCCUCCACCGCGUGCAGAGGCUCGCGAGCAGCUGUGCGACGCGGCGCCGCCUCCGGGUCGAGCGGCGGCAGGAGGAUGGCACUGCGUUGGACGGUGUCUCUGUGUUUGUCCUCGGCGGUGUGUUAAGAUUUUAAUUAGCCGACAACAUACGUUUGACAUUUACGACGGACCGGUUGGAGAGCGACGACGAAACGCAAGGGUUCGAUUAUGGAAAAGGAGUCCAGGUUUGAAGAACUCUGAUCAUAUUGGCUCCACGGCCAGCCCUGGGGGCCAAUCAGGCGACAGCAGGGCUCACUUAGGAGGGGGACCAACAGUGUGACUGCCGGACCCUCUUGCCACACCUGCACCGCUUCACCCAUCCCACUGUAUCGUCACCGCAAUGUCUAUACCCAGCGGCAGCCCAGAAAGAGAGGCCUCUGGUGGGGCUCUCCCUCAGCUAGAGUGCCCUUCUUCCCCUCCCGGCAUGGACCCAGACCCCCUGUCGACAGGAAGCCCAGUGCUCAGCCCAGACUCAUCUUCCCAUGAUGCGGUGCUGUCAGCACCGGCUGCCUCUCCAGCAGACUCAGAGAACCUGAGUCCUGACGAACUGGAGCUGCUGGCCAAACUGGAGGAGCAGAACAGGUUGCUGGAGGCCGACUCCAAGUCCAUGCGGUCAAUGAGCGGCUCACGGCGCAACAGUGGCUCCUCACUGGUGUCCAGCUCCUCAGCCUCCUCCAACCUGUCACACCUGGAGGAGGAUACCUGGAUCCUGUGGGGCCGCAUCGUCAACGAGUGGGAGGAGUGGAGACGUAAGAAGGACAAACUCCUGAAGGAGUUGAUCAGAAAGGGCAUCCCCCAUCAUUUCAGGGCCAUCGUCUGGCAGCUGCUAGGCAACGCCACUGACAUGCCGGUGAAGAACCAGUACUCUGAGCUGCUGAAGAUGUCCUCCCCCUGCGAGAAGCUCAUCCGCAGAGACAUCGCCCGCACCUACCCUGAGCAUGAGUUCUUCAAAGGCCAGGACAGCCUAGGGCAGGAAGUCCUCUUCAACGUCAUGAAGGCAUACUCUCUGGUGGAUCGAGAGGUGGGCUACUGCCAAGGCAGCGCAUUCAUCGUUGGCUUGCUGCUUAUGCAGAUGCCUGAGGAGGAGGCGUUUUGCGUUUUUGUGCGUCUGAUGCAGGAGUACCGUCUGAGGGAGCUGUUCAAACCCAGCAUGGCUGAGCUGGGCCUCUGCAUCUACCAGUUUGAAUAUCUGCUACAGGAGCAACUUCCAGAGCUGAACGUCCAUUUCCGGUCCCAGAGUUUCCACACAUCCAUGUACGCCUCAUCCUGGUUCCUCACCCUUUUCCUCACCUUCCUCCCUCUGCCUGUCGCCACUCGCAUCUUUGAUAUUUUCAUGUAUGAGGGUCUGGAGAUUAUCUUCCGUGUGGGCCUGGCCAUCCUUCAGUACAACCAGACUGACCUCAUUCAGCUGGACAUGGAGGGCAUGUCACAGCAUUUCCAGAAGGUGAUCCCCCACCAGUUUGACAGCUGCCCAGACAAGCUGAUCCUCAGGGCCUACCUGGUCAAAUACAACCCCAAGAGGAUGAAGAAACUUGAGAAAGAAUACACCACAAUCAAGAACAAAGAGAUGGAGGAGCAAAUUGAGAUCAAGAGAUUACGCACAGAAAACAGGCUGCUGAAGCAGAGGAUUGAGACGCUGGAGAAGGGUCAGGUGACAAGGGCCCAGGAAGCAGAGGAGAACUACGUGAUCAAGCGUGAGCUGGCAGUGGUGAGGCAGCAGUGCAACACAGCCAGCGAGAGCCUCGAGAAAGCACAGGACACCAUCAGGGAGCUGCAGCAGCAGAGGUACACAGAGCAGUUUGUGAGCAGUCUGCAGACCCAGCUUGAGCAGUCCAGACUCCAAGAGGCUGAGCUGCUCGGAGCACUGAAGGAAAUGCAAGACAAGGUGCUGGACCUGGAGAAGAGGAGCAGCUGCCUUCCUGAUGAGAACAACAUGGCGGCUCUGCAGGAGGAGGUGAAGCAAAUGAAGCUGAGGGAGCUGGAGACGCUGCGUUCCUUCCGGGAGAUGCAGGACACCGUCACUGAGCUCAACCAGCGCUGGCAGCAUCACAUGUCCCGUGGAAGCGGCACAGGUGGUGGGGGCGGCCACUGGAAGGAAUCGCCGAAGAAGAACGCCAUGAAUGAGCUGCAGGACAAACUGAUGACGGUCAGACUGAGGGAGGCCCAGGCCCAGGCUGAGCUCCGAGAGGUCAAACUAAAAGCCCUGCAGCUGGAGAGCCAGAACCAGAUCCACAGCAAGCUGAUUGGUCGCCACGAGCAGGAACGCUCCGCCAUGCAGGACCGGCUCCAGAUGCUGGCCAAUCAGAACAAAGCUCUCCAGGCCCAACUCAACGAGAUGAAAAGGAAGCAGGCGGAGUCCGACUGCAAGAGUAAAGAGGAGGUGAUGGCAGUGCGACUGAGGGAAGCAGACAGUAUGGCUGCCGUGGCUGAACUCAGGCAGAAGAUCGCUGAACUCGAGAUACAGAAGGAGGAAGGGCUGAUCCAGGGCCAGCUGAACCACUCAGACUCCAGACAGUACAUCACCCAGCUCCGGGACCAGAUUGCUGAGCUCAAGAAUGAGAUCAGGCAGUUGCGAGGGCAGAAGGCGGCCCCCAGCUCCAGAGUCAGCAGUGGAGGCGUAAGUACCACCUACCAGGAUCUCUGCCUGGCCAGCCCCGCCUCCGCUGAGGGGGACUACCUGAGCUCAGACGAGGACCUUCUACCCAGCCCGCUGCCUCCCAACGCCCUCUACCCGGCCCUGUCUGGUCCAUGUCACCCGUCCGCCCGCCUCGAUAGCGAGGGCAGCACGGACAGCGAGGCAGAGGAGCGCAUGCGGACACACCCGGACCCACAGCAGCUGUACGGCAGCAUGGUGUGCGCAGAGGGACUGGAUAACUGAGACCAGGAGGGGCUCAAAGAUUCCAUCAGAUUUCUUUGACCUAAAGAGACAGUGGAGCUCUACAGGACAGGACUGCUACUGUAAACUGAGACUGUAUUAUCCAUACCGGUCCUCCUCGUCAGCUUUUCCGGUGUUUUACUUGAGGCAGACAUUAAUGGCAUUGAUUGGACCUCCCUUGGUCAUCACUGCCUGUAGUCUCCGCUCCUGUUACUGCCUCCACCACCUUGUUCCCCACACUGUCCAUUACCCUGUCAAAGAGGUGAUAUAAAGCCUCUCUCCUUGUUCCCACAUGUGACUGCGCCAGAAACUGUCCGUCAAAAUACAUAUCCAUCCAAACACAAACAUAUGACACACAAACACACUGAGUCUGGACCACAGAGACUUGUGGCUCGCUGCUCGAGAUCAACCAUGGGACCGGAGUUUGUGACCGUGACGAGGAGUGAAACAUGGGUAGAUGGAUAUAGAAGAGAACUCCUCCCUCUCCCUGUAAACUGAAGAAUAGACACUUGACACACUGUAUGCUCUGACUACCCAUAUAUAACUCUCCUUCCUGAUUGGUUCAGAGUUAAAUACAUCUUAAUCCUCUCUUUUUCCUUUUUAUGGCUUUGUUUAGAAAGGCACGCAUCCAUCUUCACUGCCUUCAGAAAAAAAAAACUUCUAUCAGCCAUCCAUUCACAAAAGAAAAUUCAAAAUGGUGAUGAGUGUGAGAAGGAAAGGUGCAGUGUAGGAACAUGUACACAUCAAACUAAAGAGUUAUCGCAAGGUGGCGUUCAUAAGUAUAUCAUGAACAAUUUAACAAACUAAAUAUGUGUAUCGUCUGUGUCUGUGGCUUGCAGAUAACAAAGAGGCAAGCGAGUUAAUUCAACCGCUUAUGUCAAAACAUUCACCUUAACCCACAAAAAAGGAAGAAAGAUACUCAAUGUUGCCAAAUCUAUUGUUUUUAAAUUAUUUAUAUGUUGUAAUUUAUUUUGAUAUUUUUUUAUUUUUGAUAUAUCUACAUGAAACUAUAGGAGUGUAGAGAUACCGAAAGAGGCCAAACUUUCUACAGCGUCCUUUGUGCCAACAAGUCGUCUGUUACAGGUUUACUGUGACACUGAGUGUUUCACAGACGGGAAAUGUGCUGCUAUGAUUUUGAAUUUUACUUCUUCCAUUUUGUUAUUUAUGUUGUUGUUGUUUUUUUGUUUUUUUGUUUUUUCUCUUUUAAUCUUUGUGACCAUUUUAAUGUCAGUCCUCCCUGGAGCUUCUCAACAUUUAUCUAUGAUGGGAACCAUGUGGUAUCCUUCAAAACCAAACACUAUCAUUGUGUAUAUGUAAGUUAAAGAUUGCAUUUUGGGAACUAUGUUUAUUCGCUGUCUGCCUGAGAGUUACAAUAUUGGUGGGGCAAGUGGAUUAUUACUUUUAUUCCGGGGAUUUCCUGCGCACAGCAAAGAAAAAGUCCGGCACCCCCCGUUAUAGACCCCAACUCAUUUUUACACUUUGAUUUUUUUGAAAAAAAGACAAUGUUAGUUUUUAUAGUGGUAGAUGCUAAACAUUUUACAUUGCACAAGUAAAGAAAAAAAAAACUGUCUCAGUAAUAUCAGUUACAUAGCAUUAUCUAGCUAACAUUAGCCAGCAUAAGCUACUGGUCAUUACAGACCAAGUGAGUCUGUAGAAGCUACUAAAAACCCCUGAGAGUACUGAAUUGAACAAGGGUGCUUUUUAUUGCUUAUUUAUAUAAUUUUUAAUUUGUAAAAUCAAAAAAAAAAUGUUAUUUACUCUUUGAAAAGUUACCGUUUUU